CUACGUGAAAAAAAGAGAGAAUGGAGAAUUCAAAUUCCCGCUAGAGCCAAGUUUUUAAAAGACGAUUAACCCUCCAAACGUCUUCUUCUUUUUACUCUUCCUCUGUUCAAAAUUCCAAACCCCCGCCUACAAAAGUCAAACAGCAAACCCUCUCUUCUCCAAUCUCCGCCUUUCUUCCUUUUUAACGGUAUUCACCUCUCUUCCCUUCCUCCCUCUUUUUAUCAAAUAAAAUCCACAGUCCUUACAGUUCCAUUCACUGCAUCAGAUCUUCAGCCAAAUAAGAAGAUAAUGGCUUUGUCCUAUACCGAUAUCAUAGAUCCCCCUUCAAGGCAUCACGCUUAUAGCAGAAAACAGAAAUCUCUCGGUCUCUUAUGCACCAAUUUUUUGACCCUGUAUAAUCGAGAUGACAUUGACGUGAUUGGACUUGAUGAUGCAGCUUCUAAAUUAGGAGUUGAGAGAAGACGGAUCUAUGAUAUAGUGAAUGUCUUGGAGAGUGUUGGGGUUCUUGCAAGAAAGGCAAAGAAUAAGUAUUCAUGGAAGGGAUUUGCUUCAGUCCCUAAAGCUUUACAAGAUUUGAAGGAAGAGGGUUUGAGAGAUAAUGUCAAUACAAUUGAUAGGCAAAGCAAUAAUUCUGCGAAAGUUGCAAAUGAUGAUGAGGACGAGGACGAUGACUCUGAUUCUAAUCCUAACACAGGAAGCCAGAAUGAGAAUUCUAGUAUUAUCAAAUCUAUGGCUGUGUCAAGAUCUGAUCAUCGGAGAGAAAAGUCGUUGGGGCUUCUUACUCAGAACUUCGUGAAGCUCUUUGUGUGCUCCAACGCAAAUUUGAUCUCACUCGAUGAAUCUGCCAAGUUAUUACUAGGAGAUGGCCACAAUUUGUCAAUUAUGAGAACGAAAGUAAGGAGGCUAUAUGACAUUGCAAAUGUGCUGUCUUCUCUGAAACUUAUUGAGAAGACCCACACUGCUGAUACAAGGAAACCUGCAUUCAGGUGGUUAGGCUUCAGAGGCAAAUCAGAGAACGGAUCUGGUGAUCCUUUGGCUCCUUUUGAGUCUAGGAAGAGGACAUUUGGAGCUGAUAUCACAAACACAUGUUUCAAAAGAAACAAAAUGGAUUCUUCAGUUGACGGGGAUAAAAGCCAGAAUCUGAAGAUGCAGCAAAUAAAAGAUGAAAAUAUGGUAACUGUCGCCGAGAGAGGCAAUUUUGGUCAGGAUUUACAGCAGAAGUCGGGAAGUUUCCAGUUUGGCCCCUUUGCUCCUGUUAGCGUGGCCAAAGCGGGAAACCCUGAAGACAAUGUGACUCGAAUCUAUGAUUGGGAGGGUCUUUCGUCUACUUUUCGUCCUCAAUAUCACAACCAAGCUCUGAGAGAUCUCUUUUCCCAUUACACGGAAGCAUGGAAAUUAUGGUACACUGAAGUUGCUGGGAAGAAACCAUUACACAUCUCCUAAUUUUUCCCAUUACACGGAAGCAUGGAAAUUAUGGUACACUGAAGUUGCUGAGAAGAAACCAUUACACCUCCUAAAUUCUGAUACUUUGUGGCUCUGCUUUUCGCUAUGACCAGUACAGUGUUGGGCUCUCAAAAUUCUUCUUUUUGUACUUUUUAGGACAGAAGAAAUGGCUUCAGGUUGGAUGCACAUUCCCCGUGCACCAUCUUAGCAUGGCCACGCAAUGUUCUUUAUCUGAUGCAUCGAAGCAAAUAAAUUUGAAUAUAUGGUCUUUUCUCCGUAGGUUAACUAGCUACGAAGUUGCCUUCGAUUGUGCAACAUAUCAUUUUCUUCAUGGGACAGCAGCUGUAGCACAAAACAAUACUCUCCUGACUCUUUUCUAUCUUGAACUUGUUCUGCA